UUUUUAGGGUGCUUUUAAAUGACAUUUAAGCGUGUUAAACUAUCAAUAAUCGGACUAAACCGAACGCUAAAAGGGUCGUUUGGAGUAAAAAGUGUUAAAGGAGUUAAAGGAACUUGGCAAACCGAACGCAAUGUUUUUGACAUCACACAUGACGGACAUGACACAUGAUGGACAUGACAGAUGACGGACAUGACACAUUACUGUGCCAUUUAUUUUUGUAAAAGCGGAAAUGUACAAAUUUUGAAUUUUGUGUGGUGUCUUAUUAUCAAAUGUGUAAUAGUGGCAUAGAGAAGUAACCCAAAUACCUAUAUCUGUUGUAUGUUUUCGCUGAACUUUUUAUUUCAAUAAUUUACUUUCUAAUACUUUAGUAUCAAACAUGUCUGUUUGGAAAAAAGCUUCAAAAGCACACCAAAAAACUCAUAAAGAACGCCAUCAACCGGAAAGUCGAGCUCAUUUGGGACUUCUUGAAAAGAAAAAGGACUAUAUCGUUCGGGCAAAGGAUUUUAAUGAGAAAAAAGAAACAUUGAAACUUCUUCGCAAAAGAGCUUUAAAUAAAAACCCAGAUGAGUUCUACCACCACAUGAUAAAUUCAAAGACUGAGGAUGGUGUACAUUUUGAGCAGGAAAAAGAUGAGUACACUCCAGAACAAUUGAUGUUAAUGAAAACACAAGAUUUGAAGUAUAUAACUACAAAGAAAACGCAGGAACUUAAAAAAAUUGAAAAAUUGCAAUCACAGUUACAUUUACCUAGUAUAGAUAUUGGUAAGAAAAAUAAUCACAUUUAUUUUGACAAAAAGAAGAAAAGAGAAGCUUCAGACAGAAUUUUGAAUUAUUUAAUGGAAAAUGAGCUACCCGAUGUAAGUGAAAGGGAUUUAAAAUCAUCUGCCAAUAAACGGCAAGCAGUGUACAAAGAAUUAGCAAAAAGAAUUGAUAGAGAAAGGGAACUGGAUGUACUUGAACAAAAAUUUAAAAUCAAAAGAGCUGUAGAAAGUAAAAAAAGUGUUUUACCACCUAGACGGUUGAAAAAAGGUUCCAAGGACAGUGCUCCGGUAUAUGUUUGGAAAUAUGAAAGAAAAAAAUAAUUUUAAGAAAUAUUUGUCUACAUGGAUUUGUUAUUCUUGGUAAAAAUGUAUAUAUCUGAAAACUUAAAGAAAGUACAUAAUGUUCUAAUGGACAGAAGGAACACUAAAUAAAUAAGUAAAGUAUAUACAUAAUCUAUAAUAUUUUUAUGUUUAUUAAAAUGUAUUUUAAUUGAAACAUUAUUAAUAAAAUAUUUUCCAUGCCUACAGUAGCUUUGGAAUAUUGGC